AUGGCGGCGCCGCCCGAUUUGAGGGUGCUCUGUCGCCGGCUGGCUUCAACACCACUCGAUGAGCUACCGCGUCUCAGCCCGGUACUGAUCGGCCAUGUGCUACGCUGCGGAGGGCCCCUUUCUGCAUCCACCGAUGCAAAAGACAAAGCCUCAGAGACGUCGAUGCUCGUCCACAAGCUCAGGACACACAUCACCUCCCUCCUCAACGGCAAGAAUGCCUCGGGCCGCUUCUCUGCUGUUUGUCUGGUCAAGGCCGUUAUAGACGUGGGUGGAUGGGAGAGUCUGCGCGCAUCAGACCCCUGGAUCAAGGGACUCAUUGGCUUGCUGCAGAAACCCGACCCCAUUUCCUCCAAGGAGUUAUGCAUCGUCACCUUGACCAAGAUCUACAUGCUUCUUCACGGCUAUCAGACACUGGUCAGGGAGAUGGCCACUCCAACAUUGCAGAGUUAUGCAACAGCCUGUCUGCAGCUCAUCAAGCCCCCUGCCUCGGGAAGACCGUUGAAAGUCCCGGCAGCCUUCGUCGACACAGUCAUCUGCUCCCUCUCCAAGCUCGUGAUGCUGUACCCAACCACCAUGCGGCCAUGUGCCGCCCAGAUAAAAGCUGCCAUCAGGCCGUAUCUCGCCCCGACUUCGUCAGACCCCCUCACUGUUCCCCAUACCUUGAGAUCGAGCUCUCGGCGACUUUUUGUAUUGCUGUCUUAUACGGCACCCAAAAACGGCAGCAGUGAAGAAUGGGCCAAGUCUAUCCGGCCAUCCAUCCUGGACUGCCACGCCACUGCCGACCAAGUCUUUCGGGCCGUGGUCGAAUCAUGGGAGUCAACCACAGGCUACAGGAGCCAGCCGACACACACUCCCAUGGACCCCUCCGGUGGUGGCGACUCUCCCGAUGAACUUCCCCCCUGGACGGGUGUGCAAGCCGGAUCCGAGAGGCUCAUUGGCCUUUUGGAGCUCCUUGCCGAAUUUUUUGACGCCCCCACCAAGGCACCAGUCACAGUCCCCCUGGGAGAGCUGCUGGACCUCACGACGAGGAUAACGCUCGUGACGCCUCCUUCAUCCUUCUCGGAGGACUCCAUCCAGACCAACCCCGCCAUUGAGAGAGACGAGAAGGCGGAGCUGUGGAGCGUCCUCCCAGACGUCCACAUUGCCGUCUUGCGCCUUCACGCCGCCAUCCUCCGCCGCCUCGGAGAAAACGCACUGCCUUUAGCAACCGACCUCAUCGACCAAAUGGUCCGCGUGUGUAACGCCAGCCAUCACAUCGCCUCCAUGCGUGAGACCUGCUACAUGCUCACCAAAGAGCUACUCCUCCUCGCAGGCCCAACCCUCCAGAAACUCACCGUCACCUCCCUCACACCCCUGAUCCAAGCCGCCUGUCGAGACAUUCUCCUCGCGGCCGGCCACCCGGAUAGCAACACUACCAAGAACAACAACAACAACAACAACAAUAACCCGCAACAAACCCAACCCGUUGCCAACGGCACAAAAAAUAAGCAGCACCCGCAGCAAAAACAACAACUCGCAAGCACCAACGCAGACGCAUACCUCUCCCUCUCCACCUCCACCUCUUCAUCCAACCUCAACCCCCUUUUCUUUAGCACGGAGAAUAGGAACAAAACAGCCGCACACACCCUCCUACCAUGCCUCUUCUCUUACCUUCCACAGGCGGGGUCCCACCUGGCGCCCGAGACGCGCGCCCUGCUCGACCGCACCGCCAUCCUCUCGCGUCACCGCGACGCCAUGCUCGCCGCCUGCCUCCACCCCUACCGUGACACCCGCGGCCGCUACUACCCGAGCAUCCUGCCCUUCCUUGUCCGGGCGUUUCCGCAAGACCAGGCUGUGGAGGUCGUUAGGAGUAACUUGCUUCGUGCUGGGUUCGGUGCCGGCUCGACGAGAAUGAGGGUGGGGGUGUGGGAUAAUAAUGAUGAUGAUGAUGGGUUGAUCGGGGGUGAUGGUGAGGUUGGGGAUGGAGAUGGAGAUAAAAGUGGAAACAGAAGAGGCUCGUUGAUGGAGGGGCAAGGGGAUGUGGUGGCAGCUGUUGCGCCUGGGUUUGGGCCCAGCACAGCAGCGACUGGCAAAGUGGUGGCUGGCGGGUGGGGGUUCGGUAUGGAUGUGGAUGCCGAUGGUGGUGGUCAGAGCGCAACGACGAUGGCAAAGAGUGCGAAUCCGUUUGCGACGGUUACCGUGCAGACGGUGAGGCAGUGGGCUGAAGAGGAGUCGCUGCCGCUGCCGCGGCCGGCGUCUCCUUUGAAGCGAAAGAGCGACCAGUUUGACGCGGGCAAUCCGCCCAAGCGCGUCGAUACGGGCAAGGCGGCCGAACAGCCGCGCCAAGUUGCUGUCGUGUCCACCACAACGGUGGCGGCGGAGAAAGGAGACGGCGAGAGUGGAAGUGAGAGCGACAGUGAGGGGAGCGUUCAGAUAGACAUGACUCUGGAUGAUGAGGAGGAGGAAGAAGAAGAUGAGGAGGGAGAGGAGGAUGGGGACGAAUGA